AUGGGAGACAAGCCAGUUUGGGAGCAGACUGGAUCCAGCUUCAUCCGACAUUACUACCAGUUAUUUGAUAACGACAGAACCCAACCAGGCGCAGUUUACAUGGACGCAUCACGCCUUACGUGGGAAGGACAGCAAUUCCAGGGGAAAGCUGCCACUGUGGAGAAGUUGUCUAGCCUUCCGUUCCAGAAAAUCCAGCACAGCUUCACGGCACAGGACCCCCAGCCCACGCCAGAGAGCUGCAUCCUCAGCAUGGCUGUGGGCCAGCUUAAGGCCGAAGAAGACCCCAUCAUGGGGUUCCACCAGAUGUUCCUAUUGAACAUCAACGAUGCUUGGGUUCGCACCAAUGACACGUUGAGGCUUGCCCUGCACAACUUCGGCUGA